CCAAUUAGUUUUGUGCGCCAAAAGUAGCCUAAAUUUCAACACAUCGUUAGCUCAAAAGAAAAUUUUGAAAACGAAAAAAGAAAAAAAGAAAAAGAAAAAUAGAAAGAAAUAGAAGAGUAAGACGAGAGGGAUUUGGCGUCAGAUGGAGGGAGCUACAGUUACAGGUUGCCAACAUAGUAGAGUUUAGACGAAGACAAAGACGAAGAACAACGCUCACCACAACUCCAUACCUCUCAGCUCCUCCUAACUCUGCCCUAGUAGUCCCUCCUCUGUUUUCUUCUCCACCGAAACCUACGACGUUUUUACUGACUUGACGUUCUUCGAAUUCAAGGUCGAAUUUUGUUUGCAUAAGAUUUGGAGGGUUUUCAUUAACAAUUUUGAUUCAGAUGUGCCGACAAGAGUCGCGGGCGCGUAUGUCGGCGGAAGAGGAAGUUGCUGCGGAAGAAAGCCUUUCCAUUUACUGUAAGCCUGUCGAAUUUUACAACAUUAUUCAACGCCGCGCUAUCAGAAAUCCGUCGUUUCUUCAAAGAUGUUUGAGUUACAAGAUGGAGGCGAAGCACAAAAGGAGAAUACAAAUGACAGUUACCCUUUCAAGGAUUGAGAAUGCUGUACAUACUCCGAAUUUGUUUCCUAUGUACGUUUUCUUGGCAAGAUUAGUUCCGGAUGUUGCAGCUGCAGAGAACUCAGCUGUAUAUCGAUUCAACCGAGCAUGCAUGUUGACCAGUUCUACUGGGGUUGAGGGGAGAAAUCAAGCUCAAGCAAAUUUUGUACUGCCUGAUAUUAAUAAGCUUGCAGUGGAGGCUAGAUCUGGCACAGUUUCUAUUUUGCUUGUCAGCUUUGUGGGAGUUCAAAAUUCUCUUGGUGAAUUUAAUCUGCCAAAAGGUCCAAUUAAUGUUUCUUCAUUUCCUUCCAAACUCGGGGGAAACUGCCUUUGGGGAAAGAUACAAUUGGAGUCACUUUAUUUCUCAUGGGAGAAUUCUCCAAAUUUUAGUCUGGGGCAGAGGGCUGAAAUGAUUUCAACUAUCGAUAUGCACUCUUGCCUCAUGAAGCUGAGCUCUUCAAAUGAGGAAAAAAGCAUCUCCAUUGAAGUUCCAUAUGAUUCAGAAACUGUGAGUACUUCUCAGCAAGUUCAAGUUACUGUUUCAGCAGAGGAAAUGUGUGCUAAAGAAAAAUCUCCGUACAAUUCUUACAUGUCUAAUGACAUCCCUUCUUCGUCUUUGUCUCAUAUUAUUCGUUCCAUCAGGUUGAGAGCAGGAAAUGUCAUCUUCAACUAUAGAUAUUACAACAAUAAGUUGCAAAGGACAGAAGUGACAGAAGACUUUUCUUGUCCAUUUUGCUUGGUGAAGUGUGCAAGCUUUAAGGGCCUGAGAUAUCACCUGACCUCAUCACAUGACCUCUUCAAUUUUGAGUUUUGGGUCACUGAAGAGUACCAAGCUGUGAAUGUGUCUGUGAAAGUUGAUAAUGGGCGAUCUGAGAUUGUUGCAGAUAGUGUUGACCCUAAGCUUGAAGUAUUCUCCUAUUAUUCAAAGCCACUUAAACGCAAGAGACCGAAAAACUUAAUUCCUGAUGCAAAGCAUGUGCAUCCAUAUGUCUUAGAGCCGGAUUUGCGUGCAGGAGCCUAUGAGCGUCUGGACAAGGCAGAUGGAGCUUCAGCUGUCUUACCGAUACCACAAUCUGACCCUCCUUGCGCCCAGUUAACCUCUGGAAAUAUUCUUGCACCUCCUGCUAUGUUGCAAUUUGCAAGGACUAGAAAGUUAUCUGUUGAACGGACAGACCCAAGGAAUUGUGCCCUCUUGCGGAAGCGCCAGUUCUUUCACUCGCACAGAGCCCAGCCGAUGUCGAUCGAACAAGUCUUAUCAGAUAGGGACAGUGAGGAUGAAGUUGAUGAUGGUGUUGCAGAUUUGGAAGAUCGAAGGAUGCUUGAUGAUUUUGUUGACGUGACCAAAGAUGAGAAGCAAAUGAUGCAUAUGUGGAAUUCGUUCGUACGGAAGCAACGGGUACUUGCUGAUGGUCAUAUUCCUUGGGCAUGUGAAGCAUUUUCAAGAUUGCAUGGACCCGAUCUUGUCAAAAAUCCAUCUCUGAUAUGGUGUUGGAGAAUAUUUAUGAUCAAACUUUGGAAUCAUGCCCUUCUUGAUGCACGGACCAUGAACAACUGUAACAUAAUUCUUGAACGAUGCCAAAAUCAGGCUUCGGAUCCUUUUUUACCUCCCCAAAGUGGGGUUUGAACCCUGGCCAAGUACAAAGGUAAAAACGAAACAGUGGACAUUGCCACUGGAUUUUUCCAAGUUGAACGGAGUAGGCAACCAUUUGUUUUAGUGAAGAAGCAAAUGUAGAAAAGUUUCGGGUUACAGAGUUACGAUUUUACCGGUUUCAGUACUUUUGUAAAACUUAUACAUUAUACUUUGUAGACGAGUUUUAUUAAACGUUGAGGUCAAUGAAAUGAAAUGACUACAGAGUUCUAUAUAUUCCUUGGACGAGAAAUUCAACUGUAUGCUAAUUUGGAGGCAUAUAGUUUCAUGAGUUCAUUGACCUCUCUCGUCGAAGUUGCGUUGUGUCAUUGCCGUAUGGCUGGGGAAGAGUUUAUAUUCAUUUUCUUAGAUAAUGUUCAAAUUGAUGAAUUUAUGAGUUUUAUAUAUCACAUGAAUAUCAUAUUGACUAA